AAGAAGAGGAGGCGGAAGUCAUCCGGAGCUUGUUGCUAACUCGCUAGCAGCUCAUGAUCUUGUUCGUGAACUUCGUCAAACACUUAAAAUGAACAAAUUGAAUAAAUCAAACGACUUUGAUUCGUAUGAGAUCGAGGAGCCGAGCGACGAGGAGAGGGCUGAGGACAGUUCGGAGGAUGAGCUGGAUGUGCUGCUGAACGGGACUCCGGAGCAGAAGAAGAAGCUGAUCCGAGAGUAUCUAACUGGGGAGAGCGAGUCGUCCAGCGGGGAUGAGUUUGAGAAGGAGAUGGAGGCGGAGCUCAGCUCCACCAUCAGGACCCUGGAAGGAACUUGGGGUCCAGCAACAGCAGCAGAAACCCCGGGAAGCGGAGGAGGAGCAGUUGACGGCCCUGGACUUCCUAACUCCCGGAUGUACGAUGAGAUUUACUUUGACUCUGACUCAGAGGGGGAGGACACACCAAGUGGCUCCACUGGCCGGAGGCGGAAACAACGGACCAUACCGACCAAUGAUGAGCUGCUGUACGACCCUGACGAGGACGACAGGGACCAGGCCUGGGUAGAUGCCAGGAGGAGAAGGUAUCAAAGCAGACAACGGCCAGCUGCAGGGUCUCAGUCGCAGCCUCGUCAGUCUCAGGGUUUACCCAGCAGCGACGCCAUCCUGAACUGUCCCGCCUGCAUGACGACGCUCUGCUUGGACUGUCAGAGGCAUGAAAAGUACAGGACGCAAUAUCGAGCCAUGUUUGUCAUGAACUGCAAAGUGAAGAAAGAUGAGGUGUUACGCUACAAGACCCAGCAGGAGAGGAAACAGAGGAACAGGAAGAGGAGGAGGGGGCAGAAAACAGAAACUCCAUUGGACGAGGCUCCCGACCUAAGGCCGGCGGGGAUGGACGCUGAUGAGGUUUACCACCCGGUUCAGUGCACCGAGUGCUCGACCGAGGUGGCCGUGUUCGACAAAGACGAGGUCUACCACUUCUUCAACAUCCUGUCCAGCCACUGCUGAGACAAACAAGCAGACCGUUUUUUAUUUCAUGGGUUUGACCGUGACUCUUCACCUCGCAGCAGCUUCUUCAGCUACAGCACUACAGAAGAAGCUUUUUUUUUUAGCGUCCUGGUUGAGAGGGAAGAAUCCUGCUGCGGUUGCACGGAGUGCCUCGAAAACAAUCAGAAUCAGAAAAAUAAAAACUCAAAGUCGAUCACAUGGUUUGUCAUAUCUUCAAAUGUUUUUCGGACUUAAUACACAAGAAUCUGAAUUUUAAGGUCAAUGCGAUAUUAAUAUUUGAGAAUUACAAAAGCUGGGGAACGAUAGAUUGGCUGUUGGCUAACCUGUUUGAGAAGGCUUCCUGGUAACACUUUACCUUAACACCCUCCGUUUAGCAUUCAUAAUCAGUAUACAAACAUUGAGUAAAUAUGUUUAUAACACACUAUAAUAUAGCUGUAACCAGAUAUAAGUGUUUAUUAUUGUAUUUAUUGAUAACCGCUAUAACUCCUCCUGUGGGUGACAAUAAGUAUGAAUGACAAUGUAGUACAACACUGUUGAUUUAAAUUAUAUAAAAUGUGUUGGCAUAGGUGAAGUUAUAAUAGUUGACAAAUACUGUACAUUAAUAAUAAACACUGAAAAUGUCCUUAUAUCUGCUUACAACUACAUUAGAGUGUCCAUUAAGUAUUUGUAUACUGCUUAUAAAUUCUCUUAAAACUAAAUGUUACUCGCUUGCCAACUUUUGUCUUUCUUUUUUUUUUAAGAAUUGUGACCAAGAAUAGUGUACCGAGAGGAAGCAGUUGAAUAAACUUGUCAGUGCUUUCAGUGCAAAGACACAUCUGUGAUUCCGAUUUCUUAUUUUUUAUCUGCUAACAUGUACUUUUAUUGUUAUAUCUCCUCUGUACACUGUAGGCACAGGGAAGUUUCCACUACAAAGUACAGGACCAAUCUAAUCAAGAAACUCCUUGGUCUGUUUGUUUGAGUUGUAAACAGUUGACUGGAAUGUAGUAGAACUUGUGAAAGACUGCUGUUGUGUGCUUGGUGCUCUAAUGAUUGAGUCAACAUAAGCUAGUGUGUAUUCGUGGUAAUGAAGGAACACGUCACCAUCACUGGUGUGUUUUAAUAGUUUUUCAUUGGACUUCUAUGGCACAGAAGAAAAACAUAUACAUUAUCAGUCAAUACUUGUUAGAAGGAUGAAUAAUUGUUCUUCUUCGUGGGACAUUAAAACACAAGUAGCAUAUGAAUG